AUGGGCGCCUCCAGCAUCUUCCUCUGCAUUCUGUUCCUCGGUGGGGCACUGGGUCUUGCCACUUCCCCUGCCCGGAGACGGCUCCACUGUUACACCUACAACUUCGCCAAACCCUGCUACCCUCUUCCUACCGAGUGUCAGGAUGAUAAAGUUUGUGGCAUCUGUAUUGGUACCUCAGAGAACAGUGAGGUCAUCAAGCGGAAAGCCUGCCUCCCAAGGACCCAGUGCUCUCUGCAGGGCCAUGCCACCUACUGGUCACUCUCCUACACUCCUCAGCACCACUGCUGCGAGCAGGACCUGUGCAAUGCAGCCACCACGCCGCAUCGGCUCCCCAGCCUCCUCCUCAUCACCCCGCUCAUCCUCGUGGCCAGCUUCACCUGGGGAGCACACCUCCUCCACCAGCCUUCAACCCAAGACUCCUCCACUAUCGCCGUGGCCCUGGAAACACCGGCACAGACACUUCUGAGAUCUGCCUGA